AAAUAAUCAUGUGCACAAUUCGAUGUUGCUCGUUUUACUGUAGUCACGACGCAGCCAUGUUGAAAAUAAUUUCUUUCAUUAUUUGUUUUAAUUGUGUAUUUGCUUAUUUUACUCUAUCUGGCAAAUGUCCAGAGAAUGUCACUUUGCAAGAGGAAUUCAAACUACCUGAUUUCUUUGGUAAAUGGUACCAGUCUUAUCACUAUUCCAGCGAUGGUCAGCAGCAGAAUAACUGCUCUACUCUGGAAUUGAUGACUAGGCCUUCAGGGUUCUAUCUGAAUCAGUCCAGGGUUGACCGUGGUCUGUUCCAUCGGUACAGUAUCGGCAAGCUUGAUAUCAAUCUAAGAAUGGAAGAUGCUGCACGAUUGGAACUCAUGUUUGCUUUCAAAAAUGCUCCUCGACGAUUGAAAACAAGAAGAUAUCCUUUUCAUAUUCUGGCAACUAACUACAACUAUUACGCUACCAUUUAUACUUGCCAGUACAGUCCACUAAUUGAUAAACAUUUUAUUUACGUCUGGAUUCUUUCCCGGAAUCCCAUCUUGAACGAUGUUUCAAAGGAAUUGGCGAUAAAACCCCUGCAAAAAAUUGGGGUGGACUCCUCCAAGCUGGUUAAGGACGAUCAAGAUAAAUGUGUUCCGAAGUACUACGAAGAUGUGCCAGUAGAACCUACGACUUUUAGAUUCCCCGUGCCAAUUUAAAAUGAAAAUUCAAGAAUAAUAAAACCAAUUUGGUGAAAAGUGAAGGAUGUACUUUCCAAUUAAGAAAACUUUAGUUAUUUAUAAUAUCAAAAUUAUAUUUUUUGAAGACUC